AUGCCUAUGAUUUCUAAAAGGCUCUCAUACUUGGACUGUUCUCCUUUGAUCUCUAAAGUUUCAGAGCAACUUCAAAAUUGGCAAUCCAGGAGGACCUUGUCAUAUGCUGGGAGAAUCCAGCUAAUCAAAACUGUCAUCCUAGGGAUUCAAAUCUAUUGGACAAGUAACUACAUCUUGCCGAUCAAGGUAUUAGAAAAAAUUGACAUGUUAUGCUCUGCUUUCUUGUGGGGAAACAAAAUUCACCUUGUUUCGUGGUCUGAAGUCUGCAAAGAUAAAAAAUCUGGAGGGUUGAGUCUCUUUUCUGCUAAGAAGUGGCAUUAUGCUGCAGCUAUCAAGCUGCUAUGGAUGAUACACACAAAGAAAGAUUUGUUGUGGAUUAAAUGGGUACAUGGCAAUUAUCUACAACAUUUGGGAAUCUGGCAAGUUCAACCAAAGAAAAAUGACUCUUGGAUGUGGAGACAGCUCCUUAGGGUGAGGGAUUUGAUAAUGAGAAAUUUUGGGAAUGUGAAUAAUCUUCAAAGAGUCAUCAAUGGAUGUCACAACAAUGGCAAAAUUCAAAUUUCCUCUGUCUAUCAUGCCAUCUCUCAUUCUACAGCUGAUGCACCUUGGUCGAAUACAGUAUGGGGAGGAUUGCACUAUCCCAAACAUUCAGUGAUAUUAUGGCUUGUAAUUCUCUCGAGGCUUCUGACUAAGGAUAGGUUGUGUCGCAUGGGAAUACUGAAUUCAAAUCAGUGUGUCCUGUGUGCUAGCUCUACUAGUCAAUUAGAAUCCUGCAGGCACCUGUUCUUUGAGUGCCUUUAUACUUCUGAUGUGUGGAACAAAAUGAUGGUAUGGUUAGAUUAUACAUGGAGAUCAUGCAACUGGGAUCAUGUGAUAGACCGGUAUACUAAUAACUUGAGGGGGUUUGGAUUCAUGAAGAAGUUAAAAAGAAUGAUUUUGUCAGCGACAGUUUACUGGAUAUGGAAGGAAAGGAAUAUGAGGAUUUUUCAGCAAAGAAGCCGGAGUUCUGAUCAGCUAGUUAGAGAAGUAAAAAUUUUAAUACUUCAAAAAGUGCUUAAUGAAGAUGUUCCUGAGCACUUGAGAGAUAGAAUAGAGAAACUGUAA